UGGAGCGUCUCUUAGCAUAGUUCAUACUGGUCUUAUCUAUCUAAAUGCGUUUACAGGACGAUAGGGAUUUUUUGCUGGGUGUUUUGGAGUUAUUUCACAAAUUGGUAUGUUAAUGCCGACUCCGGACAGUUUUGCUCACAAUAUAGUUACGGCAGAAAAGUUUCAUUAAGAAAGCUACGCGAAGGCCCGAAGAGGCCAUCUGUGUGUGUUUAUAUAUAAAUAUUUUGUUGAAGUGUUAAUUGGGAAUCUAACCAAAAUUGAUACCGAAGCCAUGCGGGACCGGCCAGAAAUCCGGUGCGAGGAUAAAGAUGUUACUGAUGACCUCAGGAAUACAAAAAUUGUUCUCCCGGACAUCGUAGUUCUGCGUCAGAUAUCUCACGAUGCCAAAGGUUAUAACUCUGAGCCGGGAUCGAGGUCUUCCUCUUUUAAACACUCAGAAAAACCGAAAUACCUGCACGUGAAAUUCGAAUCCAUUCGGAGAAAAAGUAUGCCGGAUAAUGUUAUGAGUCCCGAGGAAGCUGCUCUGGUGCAGGAUCACGUUGAUGCAUUGACAGCCGAACCCCCGCACCAGAUACAGAGAGUGCGGUCGUUCAAAAUCUCCUCUAAAGGAAUUGUAAACAGAGGGGACUCGUUCCGACGGUCUAGCUUAAGUAAUUCUCAGUCUUCACUAUGUAAGUCGGAAAGCACUAAAAGGACAAAGUCGCCAUUGUGUAAGCCAGAUCCUAAACCAGAGAAGGUCGUGGACUUGUUAGCGCCCGAUCAGGACGUGUUCCAGGUCUCCAUUGUUGGAGCUAUGGGGGUUGGCAAAACUGCAAUCAAACACCAAUUCGUCACGUCAGAAUAUAUGGGCAACCUUGAUACGUUUUCAGUUGAAUCUGGCCAACAGACAGCCGUCCCUGUGAUGUUAGAUGACGAGGAGUCUAUUGUCCUGUUUACAGAUUACGAUGACGCAGAGGAUUGUGAUGUUAUGGCGAACAAAGACGCCAUAGUGCUGGUUUUCUCGGUAACAGACAGAAACUCGUACAACUUCGCUGUGGAUUGCCUACUUGAUCUACGUCAGACACUAAAGUCAAACCAGGUCAUCAUUCUUGUGGCCAACAAAACAGACAUCGUCAGAGGGCGAGAAGUAACCAGCGAAGAAGCGAAAGCUACUGCAGAGCAAUACCGGUGCAAGUAUGUGGAAACUUCAGCAUCUCUUAACCAUAAAAUCGACGAGCUUCUUGUUGGUGUUUUGAAGCAAAUACGACUAUUCAGAAAGGCAAAAGGAAAGGAAAAGAAACCAGACAUCUCUGCUUCGGCUUCUGCUGGUGGAGCCAGUGCUCCAACACAUGAGUCUGAAACUGCUUCAAAACCAGAGGAAACGCAAAGCGAGUCUGUCUUCAAACGCUUCUUCAAAGGAUUAUUUGGUCGGUUUACUAAGAAGAAAGAUAACGUGGAUAACCUUUACAACUGAACGAAAUGGUGCUGUCUUGUUGAUGUAUUUAUAGAAUAUGGGGCCAAAUCGUGUCUGUCAUCGGCGAAAACAAUACUUAGAGUAUGAUAAGUUACGGAAGACAAUCGUAUCGGUCGCCUGCGAAAACAAUAAUUAAAAAAAUUAAUAAGUAAUAGAAGAUAUACCUGAUAGUUAUGCAUUAUUGACUACUAUAUCAGGGAGUGUAAGGUGUUCAUUCUGUUUGUACACUGUACAUAAGGACUCUAUCAUGAAGUAUUGUUUUGAUUUUUAUUCUUAAAUAUAUCUACAUGUAGCAUAUAUAACACUUGCCUAUCAUGCUAUAACCUCGUGGUGGUCUGUAUAUGUUGAAUGAUUUCACAUCGUCUGCAUUCUGCCGUUGGAUAAUCUGUUUGAAAUCAGAUUUACUGAAAAUAAAAGUGCCAUUCGUAAUAAAAGUUCCAUAAUGGGGCGAUGUAAAAUAUCUAUAUGAGUGAAGAAACUUUUUGGCCCCAUACAAGACAACCUGUGUAAGCUAUCAGCACCAAGGAAUAUCACUACUAAGAUAAUCUACAGAAUGCUUCCGUCCAAUUGUUCGCCUUUCUGCUGAAAGGGCUACUGUUGAUUUGUAUACCCUCGUAAUUUACUUAUGUGUGUUUACUAUGCAAUCAAGAGACGUGUUUAAGAAACAUGAUGACAACGGGACAAUAGGGAAGAACAAUGGACUUUGAUCUGGUUCGUUGAGUGGUGGCAUUAUACUGUUCUCUAUACCAAUACAAUUUCAAAGGUAAAUUAUCAUCAUGAAAAUAACCGUCACAUAUCUGAAGGACUUGCAUUCAAUUAUGUUACACGAAAGGCUAUUUUUUCGCUUUCUUCAUUUAUUUUUGACUGACUGCCAGACAACAGCGCCAAAAGUGAUUAAAAAACCUGCAGUCAAGGAUUAAUACUAGAAUUCAAUCUAUUACAUUUCUUUUGGUUUGAAAUUUAUCAGUGUUAAUAUGAUAUAAUCAAAAUUUAUCCAGACAAGUUCAGAACUUCAAAUACAUGUAAAUAUGUAAAUAAUGAUGAAUCGCUCUCCCUCAGAUAAGGGUGGUACCUGAUUUGACCAUCAAACAUACUGACUGCCCUAAACGACUUACGUACCUUAUCACAAUUUGUGAGGUAAACUAUGCUUGAUUGGUGAUGGUUUAAGCGACAUGUGAUUGGGGAUGUCCUAAGCGACACCUUAUUGAAUAUAUUAUGUUAAUGUGGUGUGAUUUCAUGGCUCAUGUUUUCAUUUCAGACAUUCCUAGUCAUAAACCAUCUUGGAUGAAAUAAACUAUUUUUACAAGUUCCAA